AUGUCAACUAUUUGGCAACAAUUGUUAGCCUUAGACGCACGUUACAAUGGCUAUAGAACACCAAAUAAUAUUCAAUUCAAAACACUCUAUAUUCGUCGACGAAGUCAGUUAUUACGUGAACUGUGUUUGACCGAUAAAGAUGCUGUAAUACGAAAACGUUAUUUAUCCUUGAGAUAUGCUGCCUUGUCAUCACGUUAUGGUGGUGCAGUGCUGUUUGAUAGCAGAAAAAAUAAUAAUUUACAGCGCAAAAUUCAUGAUAUACCAGAAAAAAAUGUUGGUUCAUUUUCUACCUCGUCCCUAUCCGACGUAUCACAUUCCAGCAGACAAUUGGCAAUGGGAAAAUCAUUAGAAGAAAAUUAUGCAUUCGCUGGAGUAUACCACAUAUUUGAUCAUCAUAAAGGAUCUGUUACACGCUCACAAUUUAGUCCGAAUGAUAGGGGUUUACUUGCGACAUGUGGUAAAGAUGGAAUGUUGGUCAUUUGUCAACUAAUACCACAACCUGCAACAGUAAUUUUUCGUCUAAAAGGCCAUACUGCUGCUAUCAAUGAUAUGCAAUGGUCAGCAACCAACGAUCUACUAGUUACAGCAAGUAGUGACGCUAGUGUUCGCAUCUGGCAAGUAUCAAAAGGAAAAUGUAUGAGAGUUAUAGAAAAUACUCAUAUGCCUGGAACUGAAAAUCUUUGUUGCUGUUUUCAUCCCAUUAAUAAUAAUUUCAUCGCGGUUGGAAAUAAUCGUGGACUACUGACACUUUUCAAUGUAUCGACUGGCAAACCGCUUAAAAAUUGUGUCGUUAAAUGUUACGGACGAUCAAUGUGUGUCAUAUUCGAUGAUACUGGAACAAUAUUAUGGACAUGCGAUGAUCGUGGAAAUUUAUUUUCAGCUUGCUUUGAUAUGACAAGUGGUAAAUUGCACUCUUGUAAACGUGUUUUCUCCAGUAACAAUGGUUCAAUAACAAAUUUGUCCUAUAAAUGUCGAUCUACGCGUGUUGGUCGGGAACAAUCAAUUUUAGCUAAUGUUAUACCGAACUUGUUAUUAGUAUUUAAAGUUAUUAGUAUGAAUGGAAAACUAGUCGUUAGGAAACGUUUAUCAAUCAAACAAAAAAAUUUAACUGUUCGCAGUUCUUUUUGUCCUGUUGUCUCACAUCGUGAAGGAUUUUGCGUUGUUUCUGCAAGCGAGGACAUGUGUGUAUAUGUUUAUGAUAUCGAUCGGGAAAUACGUCCUCUAAUAAACAAAUUACAAGGCCAUUGCGCUGCUGUAUUGGAUGUAUCAUUUAAUUCAGAUGAAAGUCUUUUAGCUUCGAGUGAUCAACAAGUAAAGCGAUAUAGACGUGUCGCAACUGUCUGCGUCGCUUGGUUUACGACUUAUAAACAAAAAAAUGAUGAAAAUUCCUUUACGGUAGCAGAGUUAGCGAGCCACACCGAGCAUCGUUUUGUUUCGUUGAAUUUUAUUCAUGAAUAA